AUGUCUUCGAUUAAGCGAGCACUCUCUAAAGCAAUCAGAGGGAAAGAAAAUGACGAUGAUUCCUCCGGCCUCGCCAUUCGUUCAGCCUUAUCUCCCAAAGUUCGUACCUCGACAUCCCGGUCCGGUUCCCCCACUGCGUCCCCUCGUCGCAGCAUUCUAGGCAAUUUCCUUCGUGACAAAGGAAAUGAUUAUGUCUCUUCUUCUGAUGAUGUAUCUGACGACUCUUCGUCCGGUGUUUUGAGUAAAAACCAACAAAAGCGGUUGGUCCGCCAGCACCGCCGAAGUGAGCGGAGCCGUCUCAGUGAGGAGAUGUUCUCGGAAACCGACCACCGCCGCAAAGAAGAAGAAAUUGCCAAAGCUGCGGCAGAGGAAACUGCCGAUAUGAAAGCUCGAUAUGGAGAGUUGCCCUUGAUGCAGUCGUCCGUGCGGCCGCGGGAAUUGCGGACUCGCAUCGAUGACAUUACCCUCGCUAUGGAAGGGCAGCAGAUCUCAUUUACGGCGAGAUUGCAUGUUAUUCGUCGGAUGAGUGCCAAGUUAGUCUUUCUGGUGUUCCGUCAGCAGCUGGGCACCUUCCAGGGUGUGCUGCAUGAGAUGCCCGGGGUCUCUUCCAUUGCUAUGAUCUCGUGGGUCGAGCAUCUUCGGGUGGGGUCAUUUGUUAAGGUCCGUGGUACUGUGCGGAAGCCCGAAGUUCCCGUGCUGGGCUGCUCCAUCCACGAUGUCGAAUUGGCUAUUGAGUCUGUUCAUCUCCAAGUUCGUCGUGAGGAGCCUGUUCCUUUCAGCGUUUAUGAGGCGGAGAUUCGGACCAACGAGGAAGAGAAGGCUGAGGGUCGUCGCAACCAUAUCCCUGAUCGGACUCGUUUGGCCAAUCGAAUCCUCGACCUGCGUACUGCAACCUCACAGUCUAUUUUCCGUAUUCAGUCUGCCACUUGCAAUCUUUUCCGUGGCGCCCUCGAUGAUCGUGAUUUUAUUGAGAUUCAUACUCCCAAGCUGCAGGGCGCUGCCACUGAGUCCGGAGCAAGUGUUUUCCAGGUAAACUACUUCGGCCGCCCUGCAUUCCUUGCUCAGUCUCCUCAAUUGGCCAAGCAAAUGGCUAUUGCUGCUGAUUUCGGCCGCGUCUAUGAAAUCGGUGCUGUCUUCCGUGCUGAAAACUCCAAUACCCAUCGCCAUCUGACCGAGUACACUGGAUUGGAUAUUGAGAUGGCUAUCGAGGAGCACUACCACGAGAUGCUUGAGACUCUUGAUGCUGUGAUCAAGAACAUCCUCAAGGGCAUUUAUACGAAGCAUCGCCGUGAGGUCGAGCUUGUCAAGCACCAGUUCCCCUCUGAGGAUAUCGUGUGGUUGGAGGAGACCCCGAUCAUUCGUUUCACCGAUGGCAUCAAGAUGUUGAAUGACUCUGGAUGGCUCACUGAGGAGGGCAACCAGCUACCCUUGGAUGAGGACUUGGCUACUCGUGACGAGAUCCGCCUUGGUGAACUCGUCAAGGAGAAGUACGGUACAGAUUACUAUGUCCUUGACAAAUUCCCCCGGGAUGCUCGUCCCUUCUAUACGAUGCCUGAUGCGGAGGAUGACAGAUACACCAACUCAUUCGACAUGUUCAUCCGCGGACAAGAAAUCGUCUCAGGUGGCCAGCGUAUCCACGAUCCUCACAUGCUGGAGGAAAAUAUGCGCCGUGUGGGCAUCAACCCCGAGGAUAUGGAGGAGUACCUCGAGGGCUUCCGCUGGGGUGCCCCGCCCCACGCUGGUGCAGGUGUUGGUUUAGAACGUAUUGUCAUGCUUAUUCUCAAGCUUGGCAACAUCCGACUGACAUCGCUCUUCCACCGCGACCCCAAGAGUCUACCGGCGAAGCCAGUCACGGAGCAGCUUCGCCACCCUGAAUCCUCUACUCUCGAACCAACUUGGUUCCGCGAGCACAAGGCCAAGGUAGCUUCCGACCCCAGCGAGCUCCAGCCACUGGAGCACAUCGUUGCCAACUAUGGUGAUGCCACAUCCACCUCUUGGUUCGAUGAGCGUUUCAAGAUCUGGCGUGACAUGGCCACCGGCGCCGCAGUCGCCUACGUACCCAGCUCCAACAACUACGCCAUCAUUCCCGGCAACCCAGCCUGUGACCCCAAGCAAUACACUCGUACCAUCACACAGUUCCUGCAAUGGCUCCGCCGGGAGACAAAGUUCAAGCCCGUCUGGAUCCUAUGCUCCCCCGAAGUCGAGACCAUUCUCGGCGAACGCCUCGGCUGGCGCAGUCUCUCCUGCAUCGCAGAAGAGCGCGUCGACCCAAGCCGCAACCAAGCCGCCUCCGACGGCGAAAUCGCGCGCAAGCUGCGCCGCGCCGAAAACGAAGGCAUCAAGCUCGUCUCCAUGAACCAAGGCGAAUUGCCCCCAGACGACAUCUGCAAGAAGAUCGACGAGCGCGUCGCAGAAUGGCUCUCCAACAGAAAAGGAACACAGGUCCACCUCUCCGAGAUCCGCCCCUGGUGCGAUUCCGAGCACCGCUGGUACUUCUAUGCCCUCGAUAAGGAGGGUACUGUCUGCGCGUUUGUCGCUCUCGCUCAAAUCUCUCCCGCCCACGGUAUGCAAGUCAAAUAUAGUCUUGACUUCCCCGGUGCGCCAAAUGGCGUCAUUGAAUACAUCGUCACGCACGCUAUCCAAACCGCUGCCAGGAGCGGUGUCAAAGGUCUUACUUUCGGCGCUGGCGCCACUGCGCAACUCAUCCCCGGCCACAACAUGCAUGGCACUAAGGUCAAGAUGCUGGAGCACACUUACGAGGCUUUGGCGAAGCAGUUCCACCUCGUGCGCAAGAGUGAAUUCCGCGCUAAGCUCGGUGCUGUCGAGGACCCCUUGUAUAUCUCCUAUCCGUCGCACGGAUUGGGCUCCAAGGGUAUCCGGGCGGUCUUGAAUUUCUUCGAAGAUUGA